UGCAGCCUGCUGCUGUUGUUUGUGAGUACACACACUUUCCAGAGCUCGAACCCACAGCCAGACGGCCAUACUCCCACCACCACCAUGAGAGAGUUCAAGAGCAAGGAUUUCUGGAGGGCCGUUCUGGCCGAACUGGUUGGCAUGACCCUUUUCAUUUUCCUCAGCAUCUCCUCAGCUAUUGGGAACUCGAACAACACCCACCCAGACCAGGAGGUGAAGGUUUCACUGACCUUCGGACUGGCCAUCGCCACGUUGGCCCAGAGUUUAGGCCACAUCAGUGGAGCCCACCUGAAUCCUGCGGUCACCCUUGGGAUGCUUGCCAGCUGCCAGAUCAGCGUGUUCAAGGCGGUCAUGUACAUUGUGGCCCAGAUGCUGGGUUCAGCCCUGGCCAGUGGCAUUGUGUAUGGAACCCGUCCAGAUGGCUCUAACGCACUGGGGCUAAACUCUCUCUCUGGUGUCACUCCCAGCCAAGGCGUGGGCAUAGAGCUCCUGGCAACCUUCCAGCUGGUGCUGUGUGUCAUUGCAGUCACUGAUAAAAGGCGGCGUGAUGUCACUGGUUCAGCGCCCUUGGCCAUUGGCCUUUCAGUCUGCCUGGGACACUUGGCAGCUAUCAGCUACACAGGCUGCGGCAUCAAUCCUGCUCGCUCCUUUGGUCCGGCUUUGAUCCUGAACAAUUUCACAGAUCACUGGGUGUACUGGGUGGGACCGAUGUGCGGUGGUGUAGCAGCAGCCCUCAUAUACGAUUUCCUGCUGUCCCCCAAAUUCGAUGACUUUCCCGAGCGCAUGAAGGUCCUGGUCAGUGGUCCAGUGGGUGACUACGACGUUAACGGAGGAAACGACACCACAACUGUGGAAAUGUCAUCGAAAUAGUCCCAUGCAUUCAUGACCACUUAGUUCCAUUGUAUAUUCUCCUGUAAAAAAAAAAUUCUGUUGAGUUUAGUGUAGGAUGUCUGUGUUUUUGUGCUAUUUUUUUAAAUGCCAAUGAGGAUUGUGGUAACGGGUCACUUAGUAUCACUUUCUAAUUCACUCCUUUGUUUGACCCCACACACACAAGCCGCUCAAGCAUGCAAGUCAAUGCGUGAGUUGAACCCUGACAGAGCAGUGUGCUGAAAUGUUUUCCCAUAUCAGUAUUCUAAGAUGAGCCAUUUUUUUUGUAUACUCUGUGUCUGUAUCACUUUUUACUUUGGAUGGAUGAUAUAUUGUGUGUCUCACUUUUUUAAGUAAAUAAAACACUUGUUGUUAACA